GCUGGGAUCUGGAAAGCUCAGGCAAUGUGGGCAGAAGCAGUAUUUGAACUCUUUCAUGGGCACAAGCUUAGCAAAGAAGAGAGGUGCUCAGGGACCCACGAUUGCAGUAUUAGCCAAGGUGUGAGUCAGGAAUGAGCAAAGGACAUCAGGAAAUUACCCUAACGGAGCCAAGGGUCAGUCAGAGAAGAGAUGUUUUCUAGAAUGUUCCUCCACAAUCAGUGGGGAGCUCUGGUCGGAGGGCUGUUCACAAGAGUGAGAAGAUAUGAAUUUUGGUCCUGAUGUCUUAUAUACCAGCUUCCACUCGAGAGAUGUGCCAGUUUCCAUGGGUCCUGGUUGGUUUGUUCUUUUCAGUCAGCAUGGAGGAAAACACUAACUGGGGACAGACUGGGGCCUGAAAAAAAGGAAAGAAGCAGGAGGGCACAGAAGACACCAGCAAAAUUCUGGGACCUCUUCGGCAGAGCUGGCCCACUCGCUGCCCUCACCACUUCCCCGCAGCUUGGGGAUCCUGCAACAUGAAUCAAUGAAGAACAAGAACUAAGCACUGGAGGACCUGGUCAUGGAGGCUCACAGCUAGUGCCAGGAGCAGGUGCCAGUGUUGGGCUUCAGGAAGAGGCAAGACUCGCAGAUCACGAGGGCCAGGGAAGAGGACGAAUGUCCUCAGAUUACUCAGUACAUGGCAGCACAAGCAAGAUCGCAGCAGGUACCUGCUGAGCCUCCGCAAGGCGCUGCACUUGUCCAGAGCUAUGACUCAGUUUAAGAAGUCCAGGCCAACCCCCCAAAAAUCAAAAUGAAGCCUUAGCAACUCUCUAAGAGCUGCUAGCGAUGUGACUUGUCCCCGUGGUCAGGACUACACAAAGCCCGAGGAGAGGCCAUUCGGUGAGGGCCUCACUCUGGGUCCAGCUCCGCGGGAGGCAAUGAACAGUAACUUCUGCCGGGCCCUGGUGGAGCGCGGGGCUUCUAGCGGCAUGCAGCUGGGUGUCGUGGCCCCUGCAGGACAGACGCCACUGGCAGCCACCGAGCCCCUGGGCAACAUGCCCUUCCUGCUGUACCCGGGCCACGCCGAGCCGCCUUAUUACGACGCCUACGCUGGGGUGUUCCCCUACGUGCCCUUUCCAGGCGCCUUCGGGGUCUACGACUACCCGUUCGAGCCCGCCUUCAUCCAGAAGCGCAACGAGCGCGAGCGGCAACGCGUCAAGUGCGUGAACGAGGGCUACGCGCGCCUCCGCGGCCACCUUCCCGGAGCCCUGGCCGAGAAGCGGCUCAGCAGGGUGGGGCCCCGGGUGGCGGCCAUCCGCUACAUCAAGUACCUGCAGGAGCUGCUGAGCGCCACCCCCCCCGGCGAGCCCCCCGCCGCCAGCUCCCCGCCUCCAGUCCGCGUCGGCCAAGGCAACGCGCCGCAGCCCCCCUUCCUGGUGGCCGAUUCCAGGGGGUCCUCCUCCUUCUCCUCCUCACCUUUCUUGGAGUCGGAGGAACCCCGCCUUUGAUCGGGGCCAGAGACCUCGACUUGUCCCUCUAGGGAUCAGUAAUGGGAGCUGCUGGAUCAUCUGUGCCGGGCAGGGCAAGCUCUUGGGCCAAAUGUGCCGAUCUGGAGUAGAAAGGGCGAGAUGGGGAUCCCAGAAGGUGGUGAGGGCAAUGAGGAGCGGAGCCUUGGACAGCUCCUGGACCUGACCGCUGUUUGGCCACAGGGCGGCUCUGUUGUCCAACACAGCAACAAGUUCCCUGGAAGCGGUCGCGCUUUGCGCUUUGACUGUUUCAUGUCAUGCCUGGGUCUUCCAUAAGAUGGCCUCAAAUACUAGCGGGGAGCUUGAUCACCUCUAGAGAGCAAGAAUUCCAGACGGAGACGGAGGGAGGUCGGGCAGCUGCUUGAAUUCAGCACCCUGGAACUGACAGACUUGAGAGAAGGGUGUGUGUGUGUG